GUGGGAGGAGAUGAAAAGGAGAAUAAAGGAAGAAAACAAGGUUGUUUACUUCUAGUCUGCAAGGCGCUUAUGGCCUGUCUGUGCCUGGACUAGCCUGGACAAGACACUUGUUUCGAAAUUAUUUCUUGUCUGCCUUAUUGACCGUAAUAAUAAUGUUAUUGUCACUUCAUUUGGCCCAGCAGCCUGCGUUUAAAGUUGUCCUGCUGCUAAUGCUUCUGCUUAGAGUCAACAGUCACUUUACGUACACUCUGUUGUACACAAACGUCCUCCCUAGUCUGGUUGUGCCCAAGUGAAAGAUGCCCAUUCCUUUUUUUUAACAUGAAAACCUUUUAAUUUUGCUCGUCGCUUGUGUAUCUAACGCCUCUAUGACGUACUACAUUUGGCCAUGCGUGGCAGUUUGAUGAACUCCUGAUACGACUGGAAUGCUGUCAUGUUUUCGGACUUCAAUGUCAUACCAAAUAACUCCUCUUGAUUUAUUUUCGGCAGAAUGUUGCUGUCGUCCACACCUGGGAAAGCACUUAUUAUAAGGCUUUCCUCGCAUCGAUUAACUCAUCAUGUCCACUCUAAAUGCGAUAAGCCACGUGCAUCAGAAGUACUCACUUGCUAUCUACAACAAUGCAAUGAGCCUCCUUGGACAUCAUAUUUCGUUAAAUACAAAAGUGUUCAGGAUGAUCAAUGGGGUCUUUCACAUUUUAAUUGGACUGUAGGCAAAUCAAAUUAUCAUAUUUUACGCACAGGUUGUUAUCCCUAUAUCAAGUAUCAUUGUUCGAGGCGACCCAUUCAGGACCUUUCCUUGGAAAAUCUUUUUAUGAGAAUAAUUAAGAUUGCAAACCUUUGUAUACCAUGCCUCAUGUAUGGUCUGGCAGCAACACAACUUAUACGUCAUACAGAAACAGUGCAGACACAUCUAGGUCCUGUUGCUAUUUACUUUUUAUAUCCGGAAGAUAAAGGAUCUCUUUACUAGAAUUAAUAUUUUAAAAAGAAAAUUAUCUACGUAAUCAGUGAUAUCAAAUAAGACCCUAGUUUUCUAGUCAACAGUUUUAUUUUUGCUGUCAUUAAUUCUCUUUUUCUUUCCUCUUAACUCUUUCUUGUUGGUAUAAAAGUACACACAUAAUCAUUUUUGUAAUGGUUAAAAAAAAAAUUGUGAUGUUGAUAGCAAGUAGCUUUAUUAAACCUAAUGUUAAGUUAUUAGGGUGUUAGUCGCAUUAGUUUGAAGAUUGGCUAAUUAAAUCGGUGCUAGUUACCUACGUAAAUCAAGACACAUUGUUAAUGUCUUAGAAUUCUAAUUUGCCCGCAUUGAAGACACCUUAUCAUUAUCUGACAAUCAUUUGUCAUACAACCAUUUAGCUGAUUGCUUCUGGAUUGUCUGUCUAUUUUCAGUAGUAGAGUCCUUCCCCCAUAUUGGAUUUAGGCUUUAUUUUCAUACCUGUAUCCAUUUUAGAUGUGAAUGUGGAUGUUUUGAAAGUAUGAGCAAUCAGUGGCACCCAAGCAAUUUUGGUCACAAUAUGUUGGAACCCCUAACUUGAAACUAGAAACAGCAAAUGAUCUUCCCUCUCUUCCUUGUGACAUAUUUACCUACCUGAUUUCCCCAUUCAGACCCUUUUCCUACUAUCUUUCUCUUUCCCUUAUCUUUUUCUCCCAUCCUUUCAAAAUUCUCGCUGCAGCAGGUGCUGCUGUGUGAACCCCAUUUGGGCGCCACUGUGUGCAGAUUGGAUUAUUAAUUUGUGAUCUCUUGAAACUCCUAGUACCAUCCGUUUUGUGAUGUUCGUUCAGUGAGAAGUGAGUUUGUUCUACCCUGUAAAUAAAUAUGCAUACUAAAGAAGCUGUGAAAGACUAUGGCAUCAUUGGACCAGAGAUUGGACCUUUUUUGUGUGAGCCUGUCGGUGUGUGAGUGCGAAUGCUUGUUACUUGUUUUCAGAACUAAUAAUGAUUUACCAGGAUUCUUUGAACUGUGUAAGUUAAACCACUGUAAGACAUUCCUCUAACUCUAAUUCCACCUCCUAAUUUUCACUUUUUCUAAUGAUAUUGUUGACAGUUAUUGGAUAAGGAUACACUUAUCAGUGAAGACUGAGACUAAAGUAGCUUUCUGGCCAGUUAUAUCCAAUAAAUGCUUCUAAAAUUUAUUUUCAAGCUUUAUCUACCUACCUACCUGUGUCAACUAUCUGUAAUAACAGUGUUUGGGCUAAGGUAUGAAAUAUUUAUUUCAAAUUACCAAAGUUUUGUCUGAUUUGCCUUUGAUAAAGUGUAUUUUUACACAUUUGCUGAUUUAUUCAAGCUGCGUUCCAAAAAAUCCACUUACAAAUGUGUCCCAACCUUCAAUAACGUUUUCAAGGUAAAUGGAAGAGGUGUGUCGAGAGUUGAAUUUUUGUGAUUGGUCGCCAGUCCUGGUUCUGUGAUUUAAAUGAGUGUGUCAGAAGGAGUCCUUGUUUUGUAAUGUCCUUCUGGUAAUGACUUUUGUUAACAGAGUAGUAGUUGUAGGUAAUAAAUAAAAAUAUUUCAUGCAUGAAUAACAUUUAUUUCAAAUCAUGUCAUAAAUGGGUAUGCCCCACUUAUUGGAGCACAUGGAUUUCCAACAAAGAUAAUGUUGUAUCAAAAUUAUUAAGUCUGCUUCUAUUUGUCUCGUCAGAUGUGGGAUUUUCAAGAGGAGGUCAUGAGAAGGUCUUGUUUACAAUAAUGCAGUUGUUACAGACAGCGCAUGCAUGUUUAAAGAUAAUUAUCUCUUAGAAUGAUCAUACCUAAGCCUUUGUCGUAACAAUAUUUUCAAGUUUAAUAACAUAAUCACUGCACUACUAUGA